AUGAUUAGAAGAGGCGGCUCGGUUGGUCCACCGGAUCAAUAUCAAAGCCGCGGGUCACCUGGCUACUACUAUUCGCGAUCCAGCGCCGCCGCACAGCCGAUUCCAUCGCCUUCGCAUAGCCAACACUCGCAGCAACGUGCACCAAUGUCGCAGCCAAUAGUUCGCCGAUCCGCCGAUUAUCGAUCCGAGCCGUUGACACCGCGCUCGGACCAUCAUCAUUCGCAUCAUCGAAACGUCGCACCGUAUUCGUCGUUGAAUGAUCCGCGCAUCGACGAGAUGACACCAUCGUAUUUUGUGGAGCAUUUGGCGACGUUCGCCGUUGGCCGCCAAUUCGGCGUCGCGUUCGCCGCCGACGGCAUUCGCAAAUUGAAGCAGAUGGAGAAGAACUCGGCGAUUUGGGCGCAACCGCUCAUUUUGCGUUUUCGACAAAACGCGGUGACGGUUGAAGACGAGAAUGGGGAGCUCGUCGAGCAAUUCGCUUUGGAUCUCAUCGAGCAACCGACAGCCCACGUGAGUAAUGAUCCGCGCGACACCUACAACAACAUUUUGUUGUUCAUCGUUCGAGAGGAUCGAAAGCGAACGGCGACGCCCACCGAAAUGCACAUCUUCCAGUGUAAUCGAGUGAGCGCCACCGAUGUCGCCGACGACCUUCAGGCGUACAUUCGCGGACAAUUUCGACGCGUUCAGAAUGGUCGUCGAAAAUCGGCGGCGAUUCCAUUCCAGCAACAAAAGAAAGUGAUUCCAGAAAUGCCGAUGUAUCCGGCGGACGACGCGAGCAUUAGCAGCGAGACGUCGGAGAUGUUCGAGCGCGACGUCAACACGCUGAAUCGCUGCUUCGACGACAUCGAGCGAUUCGUGGCGCGUUGCCAAUCGGCCGCCUACGCGCAACGCGAGCUCGAACAGCAAAACAUUCGCUAUCGUACGGCGAAUCGCAAGAAGCACACGGGUCCCGAUCCGAACGGCAUCCUUUUGAUGAGGGCCCAAGUGCCGAUCGAGGCCGAAUUCGUCGAGAUUUUCCGCAAAUUCAAACUCUCGUUCAAUCUUCUAGCUCGCUUAAAGAAUCACAUUCAUGAGCCGAACGCGCCGGAACUAUUGCAUUUUCUGUUCACACCGCUCUCCGUCGUCCUCGAAUCGUGCCAUUGGGGUCUCGGCCGGAACAUCGCGCCGAGUGUCACGUCGCCGUUGAUAUCUGUCGAAGCGCGCGAGCUCAUGCAGAAUUGUCUGACUAGUCGCGAGAACGACAUUUGGAUGAGUUUGGGCGAAGCGUGGCGAACACCAUUAGAAGACUGGCGUGGACCACUACCGCCGCCGUAUCGUCCGGUGUUUCUGGACGGUUUCGCGCCGUACGGUGUCGCCGAUCGCGUCGUCAACACGCCGAAUCCGCUUCAUCGCGGCCAAUCGGCACCGCCCGAGCACUAUCGUCAGUCGUCGCGAGACCGAAACGUCGUCGAUACGGCGCCGAAUACGCCGAUCUCGACAGCGAGAACGCCGAGGUCUCGACCGCAACGCAACAUGAGUGUCGAUAAUCUUGAGCUCGAUCGUCUGACGCUUGAACGCGAACGUCUCGAAUUCGAGAAGGCGAAAAUCAUUGAGCGCGAGAAUCGCCUACGCGCCGAAGAGAAACAAAUCGAAGAUGAGAAACGCCGCCUGAACGCCGAGAAGGAUCUCAUCAAGAAGGAGACGCUGAAAGAGGAGCACUCGUCAAACUCGAAACGAUACGAUCCACCGCUAUCGUCGUCGCCAAGAAUGGCGUCGAGAGGUGGCGGCGGCUAUUCGCACGUGAAAGUCGCCAUUGAUCAGGACACCUCGCCGCGACAGCAGGCCUUCAUCGACGACGUCAUCAAUCGCGGUGGCAAACUGGUGAUUGCCACGUUUGAUCGAAGCGGUCAGAACGCCAAAGAGUUGACGGUGCAUCGAGGAGAGUAUCUCGAGGUGUUGUACGAUGAGAAGAACUGGUGGGAGUGCAAGAAUAUGCAUCAGCGCGUCGGCUAUGUGCCGCACACGAUUCUCUCGAUGGUCCCUCUUGAGCACCAGCCGCAGCCACCAUAUAACACGGCGACCAACUCGUACGCGACCACCAACAACAACGGUCAAUCGGCGACGGCGAGCUCGAAUCAUCCGCCAGGUAUGCUGCCCGAAGACGCACCGUCGUACGUGAAAGAGCGCCAGGGCAAACGCGGCGGCAACUAUUUGAAUCAUCAUCAGCCGCUGAUUUCCGACGCUGGUGUUCAAGUGGACAUUCGACAUGAGCGGGUGCCAUCAACAUUGGUGGCGGCGCCACCGCCGCCACCGCCACCACCGGCCAUCGCGCCAUUCGAGGAUCUACUGAGGGAGCAGAAGAGCAAAAUGACGAGCGUCGCGACGUCGUCGCCGCCGCCGCCGCCGCCACCAUCGUCGACGAUGGCAAAGAUGCAUCCGGCGCUCGACAUUAGUCGACGACGCGGCAACACGGAGCUCGUCGGCGAGCUCAACGCGACAAUCGGUCGAAGUGAGACGCGCGCGUUGCGACCCGCCGAACUCAAUCGAACGUCGCGUGUGGCGAUUCACGACAAAUCGUCGCCGGACGACGUGCGACGAUGGCUUCAGGAGAAGGGCUUCUCGCCGCGCGUCAUCGAUCUGCUCGACGGCCAAGACGGCGCGAAUCUGUUCUCGUUGUCGAAACUCAAUUUGCAGCAGGCGUGCGGACGCGACGAGGGCGCCUACCUCUACAGUCAGCUUCUUGUGCAGAAGAAGCGCAGCGGGUAUCGGACGCACACCGGCGACGAGUUGCGCGCGAUUCUCAAUCAGCGGCGAACGCGCGUCGAAUUGUCGAACGAGACGCCCGCCGAUGAGCCGACGUUUGUCAUCGAUAGUCAUUAA